CCAGUUUUGUAGAAAAGGCUGACACGGAAGAAUCUCUCUCUCACUCGAGAUCCGAACGUGACAAACGGCGCAUUGCGUGCAUAGUUUAUAACAAUUUGUUAUUGAAAAUCCCAACAAUUUUCCCGUAUAGAAUCUUUUUUUCAAAAGUUUUACAAACGAUUUUUCAUUCCAUUCAAAAAAGUUAAUCCAACAUUUUUGUUUUCUUCAUAUAAAAAUUUGUGCUUUAAAGAGACAGAGAUAAAACAAAAAUACAACGAACAUUUCGGAAUUAUUUUAAUUUGAAAAAUUUGUCAGUUUUUUUUCGCGGUCAGAGUGUGUUGAAAGUGCAACGAAAUUUAGUGUGCCAUUUAUUUUCCGACUGUUAGUUCGCGCGUUUUGCUCGUUCAAAACGUUACCAAGGAACACAGUGUACAGGCGAUUUCUCUUUUUUUUUCCAACGAAUUUUCCAACCCAACCCAAAUAUGAAGUGUUAUUUGAUUUGUUUGAUUUUAGCUGCAGUCACGGCAAUAAACGCUCAAAUAGAAUAUCGACCAGAUUUUAAAGAAUAUACAAACAGUGAUGGUGCAGUGCUGGUGAAUAUUGACAAUCCAGAAACUCGGCUAUCUCAAUACCACACAUCGGAUAUUGAACGCAAUACCGGCUCAUAUAACUAUGGUUAUGAUGUAUCACCGGAUGGUCAAUUUCAUCAUGAAACCCGAGGACCAGACGGAGUGACUUACGGAUGCUACGGUUACAUCGAUCAAAAUGGUAUAUUGAGAGCGACCCAUUAUGUGGCCGAUUCACAAGGAUACCGUACGGUCGAAGCCUCAAAACCAGUGCUAAUCUAUCCAAAUGAAUUAUACGACAAUUCGUUGAAAUUUGAUGCAAAUCAAAAACGAAAAGGAAGAACGAUCGAUUGGCAAGAUUUGUACUUCCCCAUUGGAUGUGGCAUGGUCAAAGGUGGAGUUCCAGCAAAUACGCCGUUAGUCAAACAGCCCAAUGGAAGUUACACACCGGUUAAUGUUAAUAGAUAUAACGAGAAUACUGACGCUCCAGCCGAAAAUAGUCAACCAAUUCAGAAUAAUGCCUAUAAUAGUUACAAUAAUGCCCCGAAUAAUGAACAAUUUUACACCGAGUAUGAUAACAGCCAGUACACAACGCAAAGCUCCAACAACAAUGGAUACCAACAGGAAUUGUAUGUUGAUGAUGCGAAAGAUUUGCACUAUUCAUCACAGCAUGGAUCACACUCAACCGAAUUUACCGCAACCAGCAGUCAUGGUCAGGGUCAUGGUCAUGGUCAUGGUCAUGGUCAUGGUCAUGGUCAUGGUCAUGGUCAUGGUCAUGGUCAUGGUCACGGUGGCAGCGGUGGCAGUGGAGACGACUCGAGUAAAGGUCAAUCUAGUUCACAUUCUUCUAGCGGCAGUAGUAGUCAUGCGUCGAAUAAUCAAUCGGGCAGCUCAAGCUCAUCAAAUUCACAAGGUUCGAGUGGCGGUGGUGGCCACAGUCACAGCACGGAAUACACAAGCUCACACCAUGGAUCGACCACAUCUUACAUGCAUUCACAUUCACACGGAAAUAACCAGAAUCAGAAUCAGAAUCAAAAUCAAAAUCAAAACCAACAGCAGCAACCGCAACAAAAUCAUAAUCAUAACCAUAAUCAAAAUCAGAACCAGCAGCAACCAAGUGGUGGCCAGAAUAAUUGGGAUUCUGGAAACAAUCAAUAUCAAUACCAACCAUCGCCAGGCGGCAAUCAAAAUGGUAACAAUCAACGGCCAAGCGGUGGUAGCCAGGGAUCGGGGAGCGGCAAUGAUCCGAACAACUCACAAAGUCAAGCAUCAAGCUCGUCGAGUUCGCAUGGUGGACCAGACAAUCAUUCUGAAUCGGAAAGCCAGAGCUCUAGCUCAAGCAAUAACCCAGAUAACGAUUCAUCCAGCAGUAGUUGGAGUUGGUCAUCAUCUUCCAGUGAUUCCAAUGGCCCAGACAACCAGCAACAAAGUCAAAGUAGCAGCGGAAGUGGCAGCAAUAGCAGCUCAAAUCAAGGCGGAUCACAAUCGAAUAGACCACAACAAGGUUCGAGCAGUUCAAGUCAUAGUGAAUCACAUUCAAGCAGUAAUCAAGGCUCUUCGAAUAGUGGUAGUAGCAGCAGUUCUUAUAAUAACCAAGGAGGCUCUUAUGAACAACAAGGCUCAAACGAAGGACCAAACGAUCCAAAUUCUGGUUCAGGAAAUUCUCAAACUGAUCCAACAGUGAAUGGACCCCAUGGCGAGGGAUACGAUCCAAGUCAUGGCCAUCCAACAUCUGGAGGAAAUGUACCGUCGAGACCAGAUCACCCUCAACGGCCAACACAAUCACCACAACAGGGUCAACAGCAAGGUGGUCAAGGUCAACAACAAGGUGGUCAAUCACAGCGACCACAACAUAAUGUUCAUCCAACGCGACCAACACAUGCACCAGUAACUCAACAAGUGACAACUUAUCCAAUAUUUCCAGGUCCAGGAUCGCAUCCAACACAACCACAAAGGCCAUCACAACAGCCUCAACAAGGACAAGGUCAACAGGGACAUGGACAAGGUUCAACAAGACCACCGCAAUCAUCGGGUUCACAACAACAAGGUGGUGGUGGUUCAAGACCUCCACAACGACCACAAGGUUCACAACAGGGAAACCAAGAUCCAUCAGGCAAACCACAGGGAGGUCAUGAUCCACAAGGAUCACAACAAGGUGGUGGUGGUUCAUCUCAACCAAGGCCAACGCAACGACCGCAAAGCGGAUCACAACAGCAAGGAUCACAACAGCCAGGCAGACCACAGCAGCAAGGUGGACAAGAUCCACAGGGAUCACCUCAAAGUGGAAGCGAUCCACAGGGAGGCAGACCACAAAGACCGCAGCAAGGUGGCUCACAGCAAAGUGGACAAGAUCCACAUGGAUCACCUCAAAGUGGAAGCGAUCCACAGGGAGGAAGACCACAAAGCGGAUCUGGGUCACAGCAAGGGUCACAACAGCCAAGCAGACCACAACCAGGCGGAUCACAGCAAGGAGGUCAAGAUCCACAGGGUUCACAUCAAAGUGGAAGCGAUACACAGGGAGGCAGACCACAAAGGCCGCAACAAGGUGGCUCACAGCAAGGUUCCCAACCGGGAUCACAACCAAGUCGACCACAGCAGGGAGGAUCACAACAAGGUACGUAUAAUUUCCCGGAUUUAAUCCAGCAAUUUGGCGUCCAAUCACCAAAUUCCAACCAACCAAUAAUAACAACCGGUCCAAAUCCAAAUGAGCAAAAUUCAGAUUUCGGCAAUGAAUACGAUCCAAAUUUGAUUGAAAUUUCGAAGCUGCCAUUCUAUGUCCUUCCAUUCCCAAUCGAUUUACUACCGAUGGCCAUCCAAAAUACACUACAAAAUCCGGAACUGAUGCAAUACUUCCAAAAUUUAAUCCAAAACCCAUCACAACUAAGUCAAUUGUUCGGUGGCAAUUGUUGUUCGAAUAAAAACUUUAACUCAAACAAUGAAACAACCCAAGGUUCGGGUGGUCAACAGCAACCAACACGACCAGGAGGUGGAAGUCAACAAUCACAAACGGGUUCGUCUCAACCACAAGGUCAACCACAAGGCCAACAGCAGAGUCAAACAGAUCCAUCAUCUCAAACGAAUCCACCCAACAACGGAAUGGUCGGAUACAUUCCGAUUGUGUUCUUCCCGUGCGGCGGACAAAAUGGUGGUAACGGAAAUGGUAUGGCCAUGCCAUACCCAUACCAACAGCAGCAGCAACAAGGUGGAGGAGGCAACGGUGGCAAUAAUCCAUGCGCUCAAUGCCCUGGUAACAGCAACAGCAAUGCAGCACAGCGCUCGCAUCCACUCUUUGGUGCCAUAUCGAAUGCACGCAUUUUCCACAAUUCAGACUUUAAUAGUGUAACACAAGUGAAACGAUCCCCGUUCAUUCGAUCUCGUAAGGCAAAAGUGGAUCAAACAAUUGCCGGACCACCGGCAUAA